ACAACCAAACAAAAUCAAAAAACCCACAUGUGUAUUCAUCAUCCAUCGCCAUCCAUAGAUCGGGCAGCAAAUCUUCAUCAUCCAUCGUUCUCCUUCUUGGCUUCUCUAGUCUCCAGUCUCCAUUCUUCAGUCUCCAUCUCUUUUUUGGCGAAGAAGAAACCAAAGGGUAGUAGAUCGGGCAGCAGAUCGGCGUUCAUUGUCUCUCCAGUAGAUCGCCAGCAAGAGCCCCAGCUACCGCCACCCAUUUCCAGCUGGGAACACCGGCCAAGCUUGGGGAUUUCUCCCUAUUUUCUUGUUCUAGAACAGCCAUUAAACCCAGAAUUUCCAGAUCUGUUCUGUUUUGCGUCUUCCUCCCUUUGUUGUCCGCCGGCUGCUAUGUGGGUGUGAGGUUUUUGGGCUUUUUCUGAGCCGUGAGUCCCCUGCAGAGAAUUCCUGCCGGCCUCUUCCCCCCUGCAGCUUCGGUUCUUGCUGGAAAAUUCUGGAGUAAUCCCGUGACUUAGCCAUUGUUGGCCAAAGCCGUGGGUCUCCAUUGCUUGUCCGGGAAAUAGGAAUGAAUUUUGGUAGCUUUAAAUUAUGUUUUUAAGUGUGGUUUAAGUAGAAAAUUAGCUUGUUAUGAUUGUUGUGAGAUUUUGGAGAGAAACCCCGUGAAUUAGCUAUGUUUUGCCAAUUUUGGAAGUUGAGGUUACUGUUCAUGGUUGUGUUCAUGGGGCACUGUUCACGGGCACUGUUCACACACCGAGGGUUAACGAUUAAAGGGGAUUUAAAGGU